AGAUCAUUUCUCCAAACUCAAACUACUCUGUUCUUUUUUGUUCUGCUCUGUUCCAACUUCCAAUGGAUAUUACUUGGACAAGAGGACCAAUCAUCGGUAGAGGCUCCACAGCCACCGUCUCAAUAGCAGUAUCAAACUCCGGUGAGAUAUUCGCCGUCAAAUCCGCCGACUUCUCUUCCUCAGCGUUCUUGCAAAACGAGAAGUCGAUUCUGUCUACAUUAAGCUCUCCUCACAUAGUCAAGUACAUAGGCUCUGAUGUAACACCUGAUAAGGACGGAUUGGUUUACAAUCUCCUGAUGGAGUACGUUUCCGGCGGGAGUCUUCACGAUCUAAUCAAAAAAUCCGGCGGGAAGUUGCCGGAGCCGGCGAUCAGAUCAUACACGCGUCAGAUUCUCAGGGGACUGUUAUAUCUUCACGAGAGAGGGAUUGUCCACUGCGACUUGAAGAGCCAGAACGUGCUGGUCGAAGAAAACGGCGCCGUUUGCAAAAUCGCUGAUGUGGGCUGUGCUAAACCGGUUUCAAAGUCUGGUUUUUCCGGUACACCGGCGUUUAUGGCGCCAGAGGUUGCUCGCGGCGAAGAACAGAGGUUUCCGGCAGAUGUGUGGGCGUUAGGGUGUACUGUGAUCGAGAUGAUGGCUGGCUCAACCCCUUGGCCGGAGCUAAACGACGUCGUUGCCGCAAUGUAUAAGAUUGGGUUCUCCGGCGAGUCGCCGGAGAUUCCUGAGGUUAUAUCGGGGAAAGGUAAAGACUUUCUGAUGGGUUGUUUGGAGAAUGAUCCGAAACAGAGGUGGACGGUGGAAGAGUUGCUUAAACAUCCUUUCCUUGACGAAGACGAAGACGAAGAGGAAGAGUCUCGUCUGCAGAGCACGUCUUCUCCGAGCACUGUGUUGGACCAACGGUUUUGGAAUACAUGCGAAGAAGACUCGAAAAGCCACUCACUUUCGAUGGAUCACGAUGACCCUUUUGCUGAUUACUCGGAGUCCUGGGAUUCACCGGCUGAUAGGAUCGAGCAACUCGCAGGAGAUGAGUUUUCAAGCGUUCCGGAUUGGGACACGGUAGAUGACGGCGGGUGGAUUGAAGUGAGAGGUGACGUUCUCGCAGAAACAGAGAGACGUGUCGGUUACGGUGAAGAAUACGCGAUUUGCGUCGACGAAACGUCGUCGUCUUCAGAAGCGAUUGAAGUAGUUGACGAAUGGAUAUGGGGUGGUCAAGACCGCUUGUAUUCUCUUGACGACGUCACUGCUAGUCUUUACUUUUUUAAUGUUGCUAUUCAAGGAAAUGUUAUUGUAUACUAUUAUUUUAGUGUUGGGGUUCAGAAUGUACCAACAAAGAAAAUGUUUCGUAAUAGUAAUGAGAAUAGUAAAGAACAUUUAUCCGUCGAAUUGCAAACUCUCUAAUUCAACAACCAAGUCUGAACAAGA